UAUCGACGGGUACUUCGACGAAUCCACGGAGACAAUUGUUUCACUGUGAGGAUAACGAAUUAUAUUUCGAAGAGAGUAACGGUGGAGAGAAAGGACGGUGAGAAGAGCUCGAGAAGACGUUGAAAGGGUUCAAGAGGAUGAAAGGGUUAAACGUUUGCCUGUUGGUCGUUAUGGCGUUCGUAUUGGUGGCGAUCGAGGACACGGAGAGCAAAAAGAUGACCAUUGAAGAUGCGAAGAGGACUAUUAGGAACCUGAGAAAGGUCUGUGCUAAGAAGAACGACACGCCCAAAGAUCUCUUAGAUGGUCAGCACAGAGGUGAAUUCCCGAAGGACGAGAGGCUGAUGUGUUAUAUGAGGUGCAUCUUGACGACAACCAAAAGCAUGAAGAACGACGAGAUCUUGUGGGACUUCUUCCUUACAAACGCUCGUCUCAUGUUGGUCGAGGAUUAUAUUCCUCGUGUUGAAAACGUGGUGGCAGUUUGUAAAAGUGAAGUAACGGCUACGGAUGGGUGCGAAGUCGCGUGGCAAUUCGGCACAUGCGUCUACCGAACGGACAAGGAGCUGUACAUGGCCCCGUGAACAAUUCGUUAACCGUGGAUUAUCGAGAGCAAGUAAGAGUGAAGAGAAAUUUCCAAUCAUCCGAACGUCCUCAUCUUCGUCGUCUUCGUCGCAGCCGUCGGAAAGCGGAGAGUGCAGUGUGCAGAAAUUCGAAGACCAAACCACAGUGCAGAAGGGUAUAGGGAGACCCAGUAAAAAGAGAAAAAAUCGUUUAAAAUCUGUGAAUGUUUAUUACCACACUUCGACGAACACAUGUUUUUUUUAUACAUAUA